UGUGUGUGUGUGUGUGUGUGUGUGUGUGUCUUUAAGCCGCUCUAACAGCACAGUGUCUCAGUGUUUGUUCAGUGUCAAUCAGUAAACUUCCAGCAGGAAGAACUUUACAGUAUCUGAACUCAGAGCGACACCACGGACGCAGGAGUCCGUCAGGAUGAUCAAACUGCUGCUGCUUCAUCCUCGCUGAGCUGGACCUCAACAGGAAGUGACAUCACAAAACUAAGAUCAUGGCGGCAGUCGGGGCAGAGGUCACCGGGUCGUGGGUAGUGUCGUCAGGAGUCUUCAGUUUCUUCAUCCUCCUCCUCCUCCUCUCCAUCUUCCUCACAGCUCUGUGCGCCGACUGCAGGAGACAUUCGUUUGAGUUGCGAGAGCCUGAGGACAGAAACCCCUCCAGUCUCGUCCGGGUGGUGAAGCUGGAGGAGGUGAUGGGAGCGAGAGAGAACCCGGCAAUCAACGAGAUCCAAAACGACGAAAAAGGAAACGCAGUCGUCUUCACUCCCUGGAGGAGCCACUUGGAGGCUCCACAGAACCACCAAGAUGUUCAGACCAACGGCAGCGCAGCAGUGAAGACGAAGAGUGAAUAUGAAACUGUUGGAGGGUCAAAUCCUGUAAAGGAAAACCCCGUCCCGUUCACUCCCUGGAGGAGCCACCUGGGGGUGCCACAGAGCCACGAUCUGAACGGCUCCACUCCUCGAGCCUCCGACCACAUCUACCACGACAUCGGAGGAGGGCGGACCAAUGACGAGCCAGGGGAGGAGCGCAGCGCUCGCUCUGCGGCGGCGGAUUUGAGCGAACGCGAAAGGAAUUCAAUGUAUGCACGAGUCAGUAAGAAGGACAGACUGACCACGCCCCCUGUUCAGACACCUGAGGAGGUACAGGUGAAGGAGGAGGAAGAGGAGGAGCCUUCACCUCCACUGCCGGACAGGAUGACACAGCUGGAGGGAUGAUGAUGAUGAUGAUGAAGGACAGACGAGAGACGAUGAAGAAAGGCAGCUAAAAAUUAAAGACUGCCGAUAAAGAACAAGAGAUUAAAGACGGAGGACGUCCCAUAAACUAUAUCUCACCUUAUAUUGAUAUUGAUCGUUUCCAAUCAGCCAUUACAUUUCUGAUUGAUUUCCUUCCUUCCAAACAGCCACAGUUCAUUUCUCUACAAAUUAACUUUCUACAUUUCAUAUGAUUUAUACUUUUUAUAUUUUGUAUAUAAGAGUACUGAACUGCAUUCAGCUGCUUUAUGUGACCUCCGCUGAUAUUUGGUUCAAUAAAGGUUUUGAGACAGAAA